AUCACAAAAUAAAAAGACAAUAUUUUUCCGCCUCCUUAAACCUCAGUAUUUGAUUCAACCCUUCCUAGAUUGCGUCAAUCCUCAGACAGAAAUUUCGUUUAUGGUAUCCAUCUUCUUCAUUCCUUCAAAUCAAUGACAAGUAAUUGAAUUUGAUUCUUGUUUUUUUUUCUAUUUCCCUUCACCCAUUUACUAUCUGCACUCUUUUCACUCACUCUCUUGACUGAUUAUACUGAAUGGUUCUUGGGGUGUUUCAAGAUUGUUACUUUUUCACAAAUUACAUAUGCAGGUAUAGAAGUAUAGGUUCAGAUUUGAAAAAGGUAUUGAGAUAAUAGUAAGUUUUUAGUAAUCAUGUUGCAUAAUUUUCUGAGUUUGAGGUGGUCUGUAGUUAAGAGCUAGCAGUUGUAGAUAAUUAAAGUGCUCAAUUUCAUACCUGUUUGGAUUUCUUUAGUUUAUUUUUUGAUAAAAGAUUGCUUUUUUAUGACAUAGAUGUAGUGGAAGCGAAAAACUGGGGAGGGGAUAUUACAAGGUGAGGAAUUGAGUAGCCAACCAACUGAGCAUCUAAGAUCCUGUAUGCAUUUUCGUUUUUCGCUCCUAAAUGAGGCAAAGAACCUUAAUUACGAGGUCUUUGUCAAUAUUUAAGUCACAAUGUCAAUAUUCAAUUAGCUUUUCAUCCAUUGCUUACAAGUCUUUUGAUCUCAAGACUUGCAUUGUAUCACUUCAAUCAUGUGGUAAUGACAAGGACCUUACAGGAGGGAAACAAGUUCAUUGCCACAUGCUUAGAUGUGGCCAUUUGGAUUUAUCUCCCGUGCCUACCACUAGCCUUAUUAACAUGUACUCGAAAUGCAAUUCGAUAUCCAAUGCAUUAUCUGUAUUCUAUACUUCACCAAUUGACCAUAAUGUGUUUGCUUAUAAUGCUAUAAUAGCAGGGUUAAUUGCCAAUGAUUUGCCUAAAAGUGCUUUUGAAUUCUAUUUGAAAAUGAGGCUAGUUGGUGUCAUGCCUGAUAAGUUCACUUUUCCUUGUGUGCUUAAGGCUUGUAAAAAUGAAGUAGAUGUGAAAAGGAUUCACGGGUUGGUUUUUAAAUUUGGGCUUGAAGUUGAUUUGUUCAUCGGAAGUGCUUUGUUGCACAGUUAUCUAAUGUAUAGGAUGGUGGAUUUUGCGUUAGAUGUGUUUGAGGAUUUGCCGGAGAGGGAAGAUGUUGUGCUUUGGAAUGCCAUGAUCAAUGGAUAUGCUCAAACUGGAGAGUUUGGUAGUGCUUUGAUGGUUUUUAGGUGGAUGAUUGAGGAUGGGGUUAUUCCCAACAAGUUUAGCAUAACAGGUGUACUUUCAGCUCUGGCAAAUUAUGGGGAAGUUUAUAAUGGAAAGGUGAUACAUGGGCUUGUGAUAAAAAAGGGUUUUGAUUUGGGGGUUGCCAUUUCUAAUGCAUUAAUAGACAUGUAUGGUAAAUGUAGCUGUGUUGCUGACGCUUUAGAGGUUUUCCAGACAAUGGAUGAUAAGGAUAUAUUUUCAUGGAACUCAAUAAUUUGUGUGCAUGAACAAUGUGGUAAUCAUGAGGGAACUUUGAGGCUUUUCAAAAGGAUGUUGUCUGCUAGAGUUCGUCCUGAUUUGGUGACUGUCACCACUACACUUCCUGCCUGUGCUCAUUUAGCAGCGUUGAGGCAUGGUAGAGAGAUUCAUGGAUACAUGAUUGUUAAUGGUCUGAGGAAAGAUACAGCUGACAAAGAAUAUGAUGAUACUUACAUUGACAAUGCAAUUUUGGACAUGUAUGCCAAAUGUGGAAGCAUGCGUGAAGCUAAGCUGAUCUUUGAUAUGAUGAAUUUCAAAGAUGUGGCGUCGUGGAAUAUUAUGAUUAAGGGGUAUGGCAUGCAUGGAUUUGGCAUCAAGGCAUUAGAAUUGUUUUCUGAUAUGUGUAAGGCAGAAUUGAGGCCUGAUGAUGUCACAUUUGUUGGGGUUUUGUCAGCUUGCAGCCAUUCAGGGCUUGUAAAACAGGGGAGAGAAUUUCUUGCCCAUAUGCAGCCGAAGUAUGGUGUUGUGCCUUCUAUUGAACAUUACACCUCUGUGAUUGACAUGCUAGGUCGUGCUGGGCAGCUUGAAGCUGCUUAUGAGUUAUUAUUAACAAUGCCCAUUAAGACCAAUUCUGUUGUAUGGAGAGCGUUCUUGGCUGCCUGCCGUCUACAUGGUAAUGAUGAUCUUGCUAAGGUUGCUGCAAAACAGGUACUUGAUCUUGAACCAGAUCAUUGUGGAAGUUAUGUCAUAUUAUCAAAUGUUUAUGGACAGACUGGUCGCUAUGAAGAGGUAUUAGAGAUAAGAGAUGCAAUGAAGCUACAAAAUGUAAGGAAGACACCUGGUUGUAGCUGGAUUGAACUUCAUAAUGGUGUCCAUGUCUUUAUUAUUGCUGAUAAAUCACAUCCUGAAGCCAACCUUAUUUAUGCUGGAUUGAAUUCUUUGACAGCGCGAUUGUGUGAGCAUGGUUAUACACCAGAAUCUGAUGCCUUGGAAAGCAGUCCAUGAUAAUCCAGACUUAUUCUCCGUUGUUCUAGAUGAAGAUUCCUGAAGCACUGACUGAAAGAAGGUUCUUACAAUAUCUAUUUGGGAAACCUAGCAAGUGUGUGAGUUCAUUUUGCCUCUCAUGGAAUCCAAUGUCUAUGUAUGCUGGUGCUUCGAAAAUAGCCCGAGUUAUCUGUGUGCUUUUGCAGAUAAACUUUCUAUUGAAAAAUGAAAAGUAUGUUUUCUUCACUUUUGGAGCAUAUCAUUUUGCAGCAUCUGCUAUAACCAAGGGGAUAUUUAGUGCAACUAAGGACUAUGCUUCUCCUUUUGAUGUUGACAGUCAUUGAAUUUCCCAACAAGAUGGUUCUAUCAGAAGAUUAGAGGAGAGUUUCCAAAGGUGGAAUGGCAGGAACUGCUAUGCAAUAACCUUGGAAUUCCUAACUGGUCAUGGAAGAUGAUUUGGAAAACCAGAUCACCUAUGAAAGCAGCUUUUUUGGUUGGCUAGCAGCUAGGGAUGCUUGCCAAGCACAACACAAGUUACAAAGGAGAGGGUUUUCCUUGUGCAGUAGCUGAUAUUUCUGCAAUUCAGAGGAGGAAACAGUUGAACAUCUUUUCUUGCAUUGCAGAUUUCAAGACAAUGUUGGGAACUUUUCUUUAACAUAAUGGGCAUAUCUUUGGUGUCACCAGAGAAAAUUAGUAGCUUGUUGGAAGUGUGGCGAUUUGUUUGAGGAUGUCUGAGGUGGUGCUGAUCUGUUUACUGACCUCUCUCACUAAGGAAAGGGUGUGAGUCCAGAAGAUUGUUCCUACACGAUACAAGCUCUCAUUUUUUUCUCCUAGAAGGUUACAGACUUGCAGCAGUGUUUUUCCCUUCCAUUUGUGCUCAGGGGCCAGUGCUCUAAGUUUAAAUAUUGCUUCAAUUAUCUGGCAGCGUUUGGCAGUAGAUGCUUAAAAUUAUUUUGAAGUCUUAUGGAACAUAAUAUCGGCUAAUCUUGAUGAAGCACAAGGGCAUCUAACAAUUCUUCAUAGCCGUAGAGAGUGUCGUAUGAUACUCUCUCAUCAACUUGGCUAUUAUUUUCUUCUAAACAACCUGGUUUGGGCCUACUACUCUCAGAGAAAGAAAGCUCGCUUUCACCAAGUCACAGCCAAGACAAGCUAUGGUUCUCGGAGGAGCCUUCAGUUCGAUGCUCAUCAGAGUAAGUAGGAACAAUAAGUGGUUUUCUUUUGGCACGUUCAGUUUGAGCAUAGCAACAUGUGGUUGUUUUGUUGUGUUUUUGCCAGAAACAAAUGGCAGAACAUUUAUUUAGUGAUACACAAUGGAUGAAGAGGAGAACAAAGUCAAAACAUUUGUCUGUUGUAUUGUUUCUGGUUUCUGAGUAAAUUUGGCCAUUUCAAGUUUACUUACUUAUUGAUGUUAUAGUUGUGU